CAGUGUCCGUGGAUCAGAGCCCCACGCUGACCCUGACCUCGUCUUCUCCCCCACUCCCAGUCUCCCAGCAUGCACGACGCACUCCCAGCACGCACCACGCAGUCGCACCCUCCUCCCCUCCUCGUAUUCUCAGCCCUCCGUGUCUCACACCAGUCACCGGCGAAACUCGUCGUUCGACUGACGACGGUGAAGACCGACGACUGACGACCUACGGUGCUGCCCUGCUUCUCGGUGACCACUGACGCUUCUCUGCUUGGCCCGGUCGUCUUCUUCUUCUCUAUUACUCCCCCGCCACUGCUCUGCUCUGCUAGUCCCGCUCCCUCUGCUCCGCUCUCUUCUCCGGUCUUCUUCUCAGAGUUGCACUUCUCUUUACUCUUUCUUUUCAUCUUCUCGGUGAUCGUCGAGUUCUUCAUUACUUGAACCAUUCACUCACGAAGGCUGCACGAAUGAAAAUUCUCUCAAGAAGCCAAGUUCUAAAACUUCGAUUUUUUCUGAGAUGCCGAAAAAAGAUUGAGCCCUUAUCAAAGAGGUUCUCUUCACAGUGGUCAAAUGGAUUUCCUCCUUCUCCUGAGAUGAACGGUAAAGCUGUUCCCUUUGUGGAAGAGAAUGCAACAAAAGUGGAAGGUAUUCAUAAGGCAGUGUUUGAUGUGUGUGGGGUAUUGGAAACUAGCAUGUGGGGACCUGCCGUUGAGGAUGCCCUCAAGAUGUAUGAUGAAAUGCUUCAACCAGAACUUGUUGUUGGAGUGAUAAGGAGGUUGAAGGAUGUGAAUAAGGCGUUGCAUUUUUUUCGAUGGGUGGAGCAGAAAACUGAAGAAGCUCAUGGUCGUGAGGCCUACAAUGCACUUCUCGUGGUUAUGGCUAGGACUAAAAACUUGGUGUACUUGGAGCAGGUUCUUGAAGAAAUGUGUGUGGCAGGGUUUGGACCAGAUAACAAUACUUGUAUUGAAUUGGUUGGUAGUUUUGUCAAGUCAAAUAAGUUGAGGGAAGCUUUUGGGAUUAUUGAGAGUAUGAGGAAGUACAUGUUUCGCCCUGCUUUUUCAGCUUAUACUACAUUGAUUGGUGCGCUCUCUUCAGUUCAUGAAUGUGAUUCCAUGCUUACUCUCUUUCAUCAAAUGCAGGAACUAGGCUAUGAAGUAAAUAUACACUUGUUUACUACGCUUGUUCGUGCGUUUGCAAGGGAGGGUCGUGUUGAUGCUGCUCUUUCCUUGCUGGACGAAAUGAAGAGUAAUUCGUUUCAUGCUGACCUUGUUCUCUACAAUGUUUGCAUAGAUAGUUUUGGCAAAGUCGGCACAGUGGAUAUGGCCUGGAAAUUCUUUCAUGAAUUGAAAGCACAAGGGUUGGUUCCUGAUGAUGUGACCUAUACUAGCAUGAUAGGUGUUCUUUGCAAGGCUGAGAGGCUGGAUGAAGCUGUUGAGUUGUUUGAAGAAUUGGAUCAAAACAGAAGUGUCCCGUGUGUUUAUGCUUAUAAUACCAUGAUUAUGGGUUAUGGUUCAGUUGGAAAAUUUGAUGAAGCAUAUGAUUUACUCGAGAGACAAAAAAGAAAGGGAUGCAUACCUAGUGUAGUUGCUUAUAAUUGCCUUCUGACUUGCCUGGGUAAAAAGGGUAAAGUAGCUGAAGCAUUGAGGAUCUAUGAAGAAAUGAAAAAAGAUGCGGCACCAAAUCUUGCAACCUACAAUAUCUUGAUUGACAUGCUUUGUAAGGCAGGACAGCUCGAACCCGCACUGAAGGUUCAGGAAGCCAUGAAAGAGGCUGGUUUGUUCCCUAAUAUCAUGACUGUAAAUAUAAUGAUUGAUAGACUAUGUAAAGCUCAAAGACUUGAUGAUGCUUGCUCCAUAUUUUUAGGAUUGGAUCAUAAACUUUGCACCCCUGAUGCAGUUACAUUUUGUUCUCUUAUUGAGGGUUUGGGUAGACAUGGCAGGGUAGAUGAUGCCUACAUGCUUUAUGAGAAGAUGUUAGAUUCCGAUCAAAGUCCAAAUGCAGUAGUGUAUACAUCUCUUAUUAGGAAUUUCUUCAAGUGUGGUAGGAAGGAGGAUGGUCACAAAAUUUACAAGGAGAUGAUGCAUAGGGGUUGUUCUCCUGAUCUAACGCUCCUUAAUAUUUACAUGGAUUGUGUUUUUAAAGCAGGUGAAAUUGAUAGAGGAAGGGAUUUGUUUGAAGAGAUAAAGGCUCAAGGGUUAAUUCCUGAUGUUCGGAGCUACUCAAUUUUAAUUCAUGGUCUUGUGAAAGCAGGCUUUGCAAAAGAAACAUACAAGUUGUUUUAUGAGAUGAAGGAGCAAGGACUACAUUUGGACACCCGCGCUUACAAUGCUGUUAUUGAUGGGUUUUGCAAGUCUGGUAAGGUCAAUAAGGCUUACCAACUGCUGGACGAAAUGAAGACAAAGGGCCUGCAACCUACUGUUGUCACUUAUGGAUCUGUCAUUGAUGGACUUUCUAAAAUCGACAGGCUCGAUGAAGCAUAUAUGUUAUUUGAAGAAGUAAAAUCCAAAGGUGUUGACUUGAAUGUAGUGAUCUAUAGUAGUCUCAUUGAUGGGUUUGGGAAGGUGGGAAGGAUUGAUGAGGCAUAUUUAAUUUUGGAGGAGUUGAUGCAGAAGGGUCUAACUGCAAACACAUUCACAUGGAAUUGCUUACUUGAUGCAUUGGUGAAAGCUGAGGAAAUCGAUGAAGCUCUUGUCUGCUUCCAGAAUAUGAAAAGUUUGAAAUGUCCUCCAAAUGAAAUAACUUAUAGCAUUAUGAUAAAUGGUCUUUGCAAGGUUAGAAAAUUUAACAAGGCUUUUGUGUUCUGGCAAGAGAUGCAGAAGAAAGGGCUAAAACCUAAUACUAUCACAUACACAACCAUGAUUGCGGGACUUGCAAGGGUUGGAAAUGUUCAAGAAGCAAAAGGUCUCUUUGAGAGAUUUAAGGCAAGCGGGGGUAGGCCUGAUUCAGCUUGUUAUAAUUCUAUGAUUGAAGGAUUAAGCAGUGUCAAUAAAGCAAUGGAUGCAUAUACACUUUUCGAGGAAACUCGCACGAAAGGUUGUCGUAUUUAUAGCAAAACAUGCGUUAUCCUUUUAGAUGCACUGCAUAAGGCUGACUGCCUUGAGCAAGCCGCAAUCGUUGGAGCUGUCUUAAGGGAAAUGGCAAAGUCCCAACAUGCCACAAGAUUCUCUUGAGAAUAAGUUAUAUAUGUGUGUUGUACUGGUAUUGGUAUUGAAAGCCGUUUUCCAUAUAAAGAUUGUUUGCACUUUAUCGCCCUUCACAUUGACUGCUCAGGCAAUUUGUGAGAUAUUUAAAGACUUCUAAUGUCACCACUUCUCUGGAUAAUGUUAAUGGCUUAAUGGUCUUAGCCCUAAGGGAACAAGUACCCAAUCAAGUUACACCUUCGUUGUAUUUUUUCCAUUCUUGAAGAAUAUGUACACAAGAUUUACUCUCAAUGCAGUGUCUUCAUUCUUCGAGUUCUUUCUAUACUCAUGUAAUUCUAAGUGAAUGCCAAUUUUGUUUCUUAUUUGGCAAGAGUUAUAACAUCAUUCAUUUUUGUACACUCCUAAUUUCUUUGAAAAAUAAUUGAAAGUAUAAGAGAAUGUUGGUUAACAUUUACAUGGUAUUGUAAUUUGAUGAUUUAUUGGCAUCCCGUUGUUAAUAAUCAAAUGAAAUAUUUG